AUGACGAUGGAUACAUCUGCUCCGCUUGCCAGAGUGCGUUCUAAUCGUGCCAUGAUUUCAGCCGUGCGACAUGGGAGCGAUUGCAUGCAAGAAACCGGAGGGGAGGAUCCCCAAGAAGAGUCUCCACGCCCUACUCCACGUAUAAGAACUAUUGUCAAGGACUCAACAGAGGAUUAUCCUCGCGAUACAAAGGAGGAGGAGCAGAAUGAAGAGGAUAAGAAAUCAGCAUCAUCACCAACGUCAUCCACAGUUGUCAACCAAGACCAGCAAAAACGACGUAUUGAUCAGUCAUCUACUACUACUAUGCACCUAUCUAAAGCGGCGUCGUCGUCGUCAUCAUCAACGUUUCCACGGCCACCGUCUCCAGUAGAAACCAUAGUAGCGUUGCCAAGCCCACGUCGUCCUAGCAAAGUUCGAAAGAUGGAUGAUGACGAAGAUAUCAGCAAUAGCAAUAGCAGCAGCAAUAGCACUCAACUGAUUUGGCCACAACGUGUAUCGACUCAGCAACAAGCCCCAAAGUUACUUCGUAAACGCACCACACGUCGACGUACAGAGACAUCUUACGAUGAAGAUACCACCACCUAUCUCAAGCGUGUUUUCUUUGAAGUGUAUGGUCAAGGUCGAAAGCUUAGCAAGCAUGAACGUCGUCGGAUUGAACAAGACACAGGCCUCAUGUCCCGCAAAAUCACUUACUGGUUCUCAAACCAAAAACGCCGCUUCAGUGCAGAACUCAAAGCGUUUCAACGCUUAUCACGUCAAGGAUGUAUCAAGACUUAUGAUGAAUUUCUUAUUUGGUGCGAAGAGAAUUAUGUUCCAGAACUUGGAUCCAUGCCACAACACCAAUUUGAAGAAGAUGAAAUCGAAGAAGAUGAUAAUGACAACAAUCAUCAUCAGCAGCAGCAGCCAUCACGUAGCCCAUCCACACCUCCGCCACAACGACAACAAUCACCACAACCACCACAAUCAUUAUCGGCACCAUCACAACAACAAUCCACUUCUACCGCAUCAUCCUCUUCUACUACUUCUUCCCAUUGA